AUGGACGACAAUGUAGUGCUGCAGGAACUCCCUGAGGAUCCAGAACUUCUUGAGCAGGACGACGAGGAACAGCUCGAUGACAUCAAUCGCUUGUUGGCAGAGACCAAACAGCCAGCCGAUGGCCAGGAUGCAGCCGAAGAAGCUGGACUAGCCAAGGUGCAACAACGUCCUCAAGUCAUUGACGAUUUCUUCCGCAACUUCUUGCUGAAGUAUGAGAUGAAGCGCUCCCUCGAGGUCUUCCAAGCCGAGUGGUACGAGAUGCAGCAGACGGGGAAGUUUAAGGAUUCGGAGCUGACCAUUGUUCCCGAUGUCUACACGCGCAACCACGGUUUCCAACAGGAGGCUGACUCCUACAGAGUCAUUGGACCAACGUUCAUGCAUGACCUUGGGAGCACCUACCGAAGUCAUCUGCAGCAACCUUACGUUCUCCCCAAUCAUACGAUGAUUGCUGCCGCUGCAUCUUUCGUGUCUCUUACUUCGACAGCCAGUGUGGCUGCUAUUGUUAUUGUUCUUACGGGUGUUUCGGUUCUUACCAUUUUCGCGUUGUUAUUGCUGUAUCUGCCAGACAGUAUACAAUUCUGGGUAUUCAACAUUCUGGGUACUCAGAAUUAUGCUCUAAUCAAAUCUGAGUAUUCGUUGUCGAGUAAAAAUGCAUCCGAGUGUUCGCACCACUAUUAG